GAGAAGGCGAAGACGAAGAGCAAACUUUGGCGGAUUAAACACCUUUCUCCUUCAGAUCAGCUGCUUUAACGAGACGAUGACCCGGCACGGAAAGAACUGCACGGCAGGAGCUGUCUACACGUACCACGAGAAGAAGAAAGACACAGCGGCAUCUGGUUACGGGACUCAGAGCAUUCGAUUGGGAAAAGACGCCAUCAAAGACUUUGACUGCUGCUGCCUGUCCCUGCAGCCCUGUCAGAAUCCUGUGGUCACUCCAGAUGGAUACCUCUAUGAGAAACAGGCGAUUCUUGAAUACAUCCUGCAUCAGAAGACAGAAAUCGCCAAAAAGAUGAAGGCCUAUGAGAAGCAGAAACAGGCACAGAAGAGCAGCAGUCAGCUGGAGUCCAAGUCAGAGGAGAGAGAGAGGGUGGAGAGGUUUAAGACCAGGGAGAACAGCAUCGUGUCCAAACCCAUCAACCCGUUCACAUCAGGUCAGAACAAAGGAGGAGAGAAGGUCAGGACUGACAACAGCUCAGCAGAACCAUCUUCCUCCUCCUCCUCCUCUUCCACCUCCUCCUCCUCUACCUUUUCCUCCUCCUCCUCCUCCUCCUCUGCUACUUCAGCCUCCACCUCCAGCCAGGGUCUGCCCAGUUUCUGGAUUCCCUCUCUGACACCGGAGGCCAAACCCACCCUGCUUAAGAAACCAAGUAAGGCUGUGUUGUGCCCCAUGUCAGGACGACCCAUCAAGAUGAAUGAACUCAUCACAGUGCGCUUCACCCCCCUGGACCCGAGCCUGGACCGAGUGGCUCUGCUCACCCGCCAGGACAGGUAUGUGUGCGCAGUAACCAGAGACAUCCUGGCCAACAGUGUCCCCUGUGCUGUGCUGCGACACUCGGGGACUGUGGUGACUCAGGAGUGUGUGGAGAAGCUGAUCAAGAAGGACAUGAUGGAUCCUGUGUCGGGAGACAAACUGUCGGACAGAGACAUCAUUCCACUGCAGAGGGGGGGAACCGGCUUCGCUGCCUCCGGGGUGGACCUCAGGGCGAAAGAGGCUCGCCCAGUGAUGCAGGUGUGAACGGUGGAGGAUCUGACUGCAGUGUUGUCUCACACCUUCUCAUUGUAAACAGCUGGUAUAUUUUUGUAACUCCUCCCUCAACACUUUGAUAUUGCUGUGUAUUUUCCCUGUUCCCGUUCCUGACUGUUUAUUUUUUUUAAUUUAACCAGAGGUUAAUAAAUGAGUUAUGUUGAUACAG